AUGGCGAACUCUGCAUCUGGUCUGGCUGUGCAUGAUGACUGCAAGAUCAAGUUCUCGGACUUGAAGGCGAGACGAAGCUUCAGGUUCAUCGUGUUCAAGAUCGAUGAGAAGUCGAUGGAAAUCAAGGUGGAGAGGCUCGGUGAGACUAGUUACGGCUACGAAGAAUUCACAAACAGCCUCCCAGCUGACGAGUGUCGCUAUGCUGUCUAUGACCUCGACUUCGUAACCGACGAGAACUGCCAAAAGAGCAAGAUCUUCUUCUUCUCCUGGUCUCCUGACACGGCAAGAACAAGGAGCAAGAUGCUUUAUGCGAGCUCCAAGGACAGGUUCAGGAGGGAGAUGGACGGCAUCCAGUGCGAGAUCCAAGCGACCGACCCCAGUGAAAUGAGCCUCGACAUCAUAAAAAGCCGAGCUCACUAA